GAUCAACAAGCAAAGGUCCGAGAUGGCUGAGAUGGCGAGCAUGUGGCAGGAAUGCCUGCAGCGCUACCGCGAGAUGAGCAGCGACUUUAACAGCCUCAAGCAGCAGGUCACCAUCACCAAGCAGCAGUUCGUGCCGCCUGAAAGUCCUACACGUCUGCCUGCCGCGCCCAUUACUUGCGCAGAGGGCGAGGGUAGCGUGCCUCCCGCGCCAUACCGACUGCCUCCAAACUACCCGCAGAUGCCGGGGGGCAUGCCCCACCUACCCGCAGGAUACCCCGGCGGGGGCUCCCCGUUGCGUCCCCGCGCGUCUGCCCCGCCUGCCUGGUGGUGGUGCGGCGAGGGCGCGCGAGACACCCCACGACGCCGUUCCUCGCCUGACUCGCGUGGUUCCAGAGACCGCGACCGUGACCGCGACCGCCGUCAUCGGCAUAAGGAUAGAGACGACUCGAGGUACAAAGAGAAAUCUUCGAAACCCAGCGCCGCUCGUUCUGAACAUAGGCACAGAAAAAGAUGAAACCUACACAAGAAAACCAAACUAUUGUAAUUUACAACAACUAAAUCAUAAAAUUUUGUAACGAAACAAGUAAAACACGCGAAAUUCGGAAAGCAUUUCGAUGAAAAUGAAAUUUUAGUUAAACUUCGAAAUGAACUUGAAUGGCAAAAUGGAAGCGUGCAUUACUCGAAAAACAUAAGCAAAUAGUUUUUGUAACGAAAAACUAAAUUAUUAGGUUUGUAAGUAAGUUUGUUUACAAGUGUUUUUGUAAAUUUUGUUUUGUAAGUUACAGAAAUAAACGUCUUGAAAAUUCAAAAA